AGAGGUUCAUUCAUUUCUGACUGGUGUAGUGGUUAGGUUACGACGCGCGCGCCGAACGUUGGUAAGCAAGACGCGUGAGUAGUGUUCCGAUUUUUUUUCUACUUCAACGACUGCCAGCGCCUCAUCGAAUUAAGGUGAACCAGCUGCUAACUAAUAUUAUCACUUACACGAGGCGCCGACCACAAGAUGACGGCGAGCAAAAUGAUCGUCUUCGUGACGGCAAGUCUCUUCUGUACGGCCGCAGCUAUAUACCAUCAACCAUCGUACUAUCCGGCUGCCGAUCCGUUCAACUAUACCGCCGGUUAUCUACCCCAAGAAUCCUACGGAAAUCCCGCGGUUGUAGCAUCUCCAUACCAUGCACCACAACCCGGUUUCGGUUUCGCGCCGGCUUCUGGUUUUGGACCACGUCCAGGACCGAACAAUUUUGGUGAAAUACCCACGGCUCCACAAGGUGCUGGAUGCCAGCCACCAGUUGGCCCUUGCCCCAACAGCAAAUACAGGACCAUCGACGGAUCAUGUAACAAUCUUAGGUACUCCAACUGGGGUAUUCCGAACUCCAAGUAUGCUAGACUUUUACCACCCAAGUACGCCGACGGUAUCCACGCUCCACCAACAUCUGUUUCUGGUGAACCACUGCCCGGUUCUCGUCUCAUUAGUAUUGUUAUGUUCCCAGACGUCCCCAUCCCUGAUCCAGUAUGGACACUGAUUACCAUGACCUGGGGUCAAAUUGUUACUCAUGAUAUGUCUAUGUCUAUGGGUACCACACAAGCAAAACGUCAUUCGAUCAGAUGUUGCGAUGAUAACGGCCGUCUGUUGAGUAAUAACCCGGAUGUGCACUGUUUCCCAAUCACCAUCCCCGAAGACGAUCCCGUGUUCUCUAAAUUCAACAGGGAGUGCAUGAACUUUGUGCGUUCGACUACUGAUCAAGAAACUGGAUGCAACCCAGGAAACAAACCGGCCGAACAAUUAGUUGUUGUAUCGCACUGGAUGGAUGCUUCUUUCGUUUAUGGUUCAAACCAAAGGUUAGCCGACACACUCCGUGAAGGUAUCGGUGGUAGAUUGAGGGUAGAAUUCAGGGAUGGAAGACCAUGGCCGCCAGCAGCAGCCAACAAGAGUGCCGUAUGUGAUCAACAAACAGACGAAGAACCAUGUUACCAAUUCGGUGACCGAAGAGCUAACCAGAACCCACAGUUGACUGUCUUGCAAAUCCUUUUCCUCAGAGAGCACAACCGUAUUGCUACAGUUUUGUCACACGUAAAUUCUCAUUGGGACGAUGAAACUUUAUAUCAAGAAGCCAGAAGAAUAUUGAUUGCUGAAUUCCAACACAUUAAUUACCAUGAGUGGCUUCCUAUUAUAUUGGGAACCGACAAUAUGUUGAAAUACGGUUUGUUGUACAAGAGCAAAGGAUAUACAAACGAUUACAAAGAAAACGUCGACCCAAGUGUCAUAAAUGCUCACGCUCACGCUGCUUUCAGAUACUUCCAUUCAUCCAUCCAGGGACAAUUCCAUUUGAUCGGCGAAGACCGUAAUUUACUGACUGCAGUUCGAUUGUCAGAUUACUUCAACCGACCAACCAUCAUUGAAAAAGGAUACAACUUCGAUCAUUUGUCAAGAGGUCUGACAACACAGAGCCAAGAAGAAGUCGACCCAUUCUUCACUAGUGAAAUUACCGACUUCUUAUUCAGAAAUGGUCGUCCAUUCGGUCGCGACUUGAGAGCUAUUGAUGUACAAAGAGGCCGUGAUCAUGGUCUUGCAUCAUACAACGACUACAGAGAAUUUUGUGGUCUGCCAAGAGCACACAAAUUCGAAGACUUCUCCGAUUACAUCGAUGUUGAACGCAUUGAAAAACUUGCUCUCCUUUACAAUCACCCAGACGAUGUCGACCUUUCUGUUGGAGGUUCUUUGGAAGCUCAUGUACCAAAUACUUUGGCUGGACCUACAUUCUUAUGCUUAUUAACUGAACAAUUUUACAGAACUAAAGUUUCUGAUAGAUACUUCUAUGAGUUGGGAGGACAAGCUGGAUCUUUCACACCAGAACAACUAAGCGAAAUUCGUAAAGCUAGUGUGUCAAGAAUUUUCUGUGACAACAGUGAUGAUUUACACACAAUCCAACCUCAAGGUUUCUUGAAGAUUUCUGAAAAGAAUCCUUUGGUAAAUUGCAAUGAUUACGACAGAAUUCCAUCAAUUGACCUCAACUACUGGAAAGAAGAACCAUACAGCCAUGGAGCUCCACCAUAUGGUUACCAAGAAAGUUACAAAAAAUAAAAAACCAAACAAACAA